CUUAUUCUCUUUAAAUCUCUUUAAACCGCUUCACAAAACUUAAAAAAAAAAAUCCUCUCUCCUCUUCAGAAAUUGAAGAGGAAUCCAUCGAUCGAUCUGCUAGCAAUCUCUCGCCUCGACUCAAUCACUCUUUUAACAACUUAAAGAAAAUGUCGGGAAUGGCACCAGAAGGAUCUCAAUUUGAUGCACGUCAGUAUGAUGCCAAAAUGAAUGACCUGCUUACAUCAGAUGGGCAGGACUUUUUUACCUCAUAUGAUGAGGUUUAUGAUAGCUUUGAUUCGAUGGGUCUUCAAGAAAAUCUGUUGAGAGGGAUUUAUGCUUAUGGAUUUGAAAAACCAUCUGCAAUUCAGCAAAGAGGGAUUGUUCCUUUCUGUAAGGGACUUGAUGUUAUCCAACAGGCUCAAUCAGGAACUGGAAAAACUGCAACUUUCUGCUCUGGAAUUCUUCAGCAGCUUGAUUAUACUGUGGUUGAGUGCCAAGCUUUGGUUCUUGCCCCAACUCGAGAACUUGCCCAGCAAAUUGAGAAAGUUAUGAGAGCAUUAGGUGAUUAUCUUGGAGUGAAAGUUCAUGCUUGUGUUGGAGGAACUAUUGUCCGCGAGGACCAGAGGAUUCUUUCUAGUGGCGUUCAUGUAGUCGUUGGUACGCCAGGUCGUGUAUUUGACAUGUUGAGGAGGCAAUCUCUGCGUCCCGAUUACAUCAAGAUGUUUGUAUUAGACGAGGCAGAUGAAAUGCUUUCACGCGGUUUCAAAGACCAGAUCUACGACAUAUUCCAGCUUCUUCCUUCAAAGGUCCAGGUCGGAGUUUUCUCUGCCACCAUGCCCCCAGAGGCACUCGAGAUAACUCGCAAGUUCAUGAACAAACCUGUGAGAAUCCUCGUGAAACGGGACGAACUUACACUCGAAGGUAUCAAGCAAUUCUAUGUCAAUGUUGAAAAGGAGGAGUGGAAACUAGAAACCCUCUGUGACCUCUAUGAAACUCUAGCCAUCACUCAGAGUGUCAUAUUCGUAAAUACCAGGCGCAAGGUUGAUUGGCUCACCGACAAGAUGAGGAGCAGAGAUCACACAGUUUCAGCCACCCACGGGGACAUGGAUCAGAACACUAGGGACAUUAUUAUGAGAGAAUUUCGUUCUGGGUCUUCUCGUGUUCUUAUUACUACUGAUCUCCUUGCUCGAGGUAUUGAUGUUCAGCAAGUGUCUUUGGUCAUUAACUAUGAUUUGCCGACUCAACCGGAGAACUAUCUUCAUCGUAUUGGACGAAGUGGGAGGUUCGGGAGGAAGGGUGUCGCGAUAAACUUCGUGACACGUGAUGAUGAGAGAAUGUUGUUUGAUAUCCAGAAGUUUUACAAUGUGGUGGUUGAGGAGCUGCCUUCUAAUGUUGCUGAUCUCCUGUGAUUUGAUGAUUAGUUUGUGUUUUUCAUCGGACUUAUAUUUACACGCAUAUUUUAAUAAUGCUUAUCAAACUUGCUUUGAUUCUCUUGAGGAGUUAAGAGUCUGCUUUAUUCGCGAUGAUGGUGAUCGAAAGCUAAGCAUUUUCCGUAAAUUUUGUAAUGAUGGUCGUGGUAAUGUUAUAGCAGGCAUAUGGAUCAAACAUUUUUCUGUAGUUUGUUUUGUUUAGUUUUGUAACUCAUCGUGGGAAGGAUUAUGAUGAUUUUGAAUUUGUGAUUGGUAGAAUAUCCAGUUCUACCUUUGUUUUUGAAAUUAUAUCCUGUAUUACUUGGUUUGUUUAUUGAUUGGGAUUGCGGCUAACGCUUUCAUUCA